GCUACUGAACAUGACUUCGUAGAGGUGGUAAUACUAGGAUAAAUAAUAAAACAAUGCAUUCAGUCAGAAAUAAAGUAUUUUCUGUUGCUGUUUCAUUUAUUUUCUUCCCCACAAAACCCCCAAAAUAAACAGAACAAAACUCACCAGCACCUAGAUGGUAAAGGUUCAUUCCAAAAUGAUUGAAGAAAAUAAAAAAUUGUGGUUUUAAGUUGCUACUUUAAAACUGCAAUAAUUAAUAUCAAAUCUCUAGAGAUGUGCUUUUAUAACUGCUAAGAAGAAACUUCAAUCACUCCUAAUUUAGGCAGUAGCCAAAUCUGAGCACUUGACAAGUUGUGAAAGUCCAGAGUUUGCAGGGUGAAGGGAUUUCUGAGUCAAGUUACUAUACAAGUCUUAAAUACACCCAUAAAAAGUAUUUUAAGACCAUUUCUCUUCACUGUGAACCAUUCAUAACCAUUCAUUUUGACUUCUUUAUAAACCCCAUUCUCCUUUCUUAAGGGGAUUUUUUUGGCUCCACAAUAACCAGUAAAGAUGAGGAGGGGAAAAACAUAGCCAAAAAUAAUUCUCCUCCUCCUUCUCUUAAAAAAAAAAAAAAAAAAAAAAAAUGGGAGAAGCUGUUGGUAGGCAGGUAGUCCGUCUCCAGCUCAGCUCACAGGAGGGGGGACUCCUGAUGGAGUUGGGAUGGACCGCCACAGGAUUGGUGGAUGGCUGCUGUCGGUGUGGCCCCAUGCCAAGCCCUUAUGUCUUUAUAUACUGUGAACAGAUGACCGGACAGUCCUGAGUGUGCAUCGCAUCCACUCUGCCUCUCUCCAUCUCCACUACUCUCUCCUCAGGGCCUCUCUCAGUCUUCCACUCCAGCAUCCAGCACCAAGGCGUCUUCUCUUCAGCUCUCCCUUUUUUUUCUGUCUUGCUCCAGCUGUCUCUUCUCUCCGGCUGUGAAAACAAUGGCCACGCCGAGCCUGCUCCUCACUUUAUCCGUGUGGCUUCUGGCUGGGAGCCUCAUAGCUGAGGCGACUUACUACCGGCACCACCGCUACGUCCCCCACUUCUACCGCUACCGGGAGCACUCCGCCAACACGGAGAACCUCCUCCCUGAGGUCUCCAACCCGGUGCCUGAAGUCUCGCAGCCUGGCGUGCCGACCUACCCCGAGAUCCCCGAAGUCUUCCACCCGGCACCUGAAGUCAUCCCCCCCAUACCAGAGGCUUUCCACCCGGUACCUGAAGUCGUGCAUCCUGCACCUGAGCCUUACCACCAGCCUGAGGUUUACCAGCCGGUACCUGAAGCCUCCUCCCCUGUCAACAUGAGUCGUGUUUUCUAUGGGAUCAUGUUUGACGCUGGGAGCACAGGCACCAGGAUCCACAUCUAUAAGUUCAUCCAGAAGGACCCUGUUGAGCUGCCAGUUCUGGACAAUGAAAUGUACCAUGCUGUGAAGCCCGGACUGUCUGCUUACAAGGACAACCCUGAAGAGGGUGGCAACACCAUCAGACAGUUGCUGAAGAUUGCCAAAAAGACAGUCCCAGAGGAGGAGUGGAGGAGGACCCCGGUGGUCCUGAAGGCCACAGCGGGUCUGCGUCUGCUCCCAGAGGACAAAGCCAAUGCUCUUCUGAAGGAGGUACGAGACGUAUUUGAUGAGUCCCCUUUCUUUGUGCCAAACAACAGUGUUUCCCUCAUGAAUGGAAAAAAUGAAGGAGUCCUCGCCUGGGUCACAGUGAACUUCCUUACAGGUCACUUGUACUCCAACACAAGGAGGACAGUGGGGAUCCUGGAUUUGGGUGGAGGAUCUACACAAAUCACUUUCCUUCCCAAGUCAAAGAAAACCGUUCAGUCUGCUCCCACCAGUUACAUUGCCAGAUUCAACCUGUUUAACCAUACAUAUCAACUCUACACACACAGUUACCUUGGAAAUGGGCUGUAUGCGGCUCGACUGGCAACUCUUGGGGCACUAGGAGCUGAUGGUCUAGAUUGGAAAGUCUUCACUAGCUCCUGCCUCCCAAAGAAGUUCAGAGAAGAUGUGACUUUUGGAGGAACCACCUACAAAGUUAGCGGGAUUCCAGACGGUUAUGCAGGCUAUAAGCUGUGCUACUAUGAGGUGAUGAAGGUAAUCAAAGGCAUAGUGCACCAGCCUUAUGAGGUGAAGGGCAGCAGCGUCUUCUACGCCUUCUCCUACUACUUUGACAGAGCUGUGGAGUCUGGCCUCAUCGAUGGCAGUCGAGGUGGUGCGGUUGAAGUGAGGGAUUUUAAGAAGAGAGCCAAGGAAGUGUGCAACAAAAUGACCAAAUACCGUGCUAUCAGCCCCUUCCUCUGCAUGGAUAUGACAUAUAUCACCUGUCUGCUAAAGGAGGGCUUUGGCUUCAAGGACAGCACUGUGCUGCAGCUAGCCAAGAAGGUGAACAACGUGGAGACCAGCUGGGCCCUGGGGGCAACCUUUGACUACUUCAGAAACCUCAACAUCCACUAAGGACAACUCGCUGUCGCUGCAGCCGGCACUGAGAGGGACAGUCUGUCACUGUGGGGCUUCCCUUCCUCCGUCCACCCUCGAUCAGCCCGUCCCCUCACAGACACACCUGGUCCCCACCACGCCCCUCCUUCGUUUUCUCAACCUCAGCACCCUGCGAACGCUCCAAGAACUGUUGAAAAAAAAAAAAAAAAUCACUAUAUUUUUAUAAGGCCAGCUA